AUGUUCAAAUCCACCGACGGUUCCACACACUUCUCCUUCACCCGCUUCGCCCGCAACGCCAUCCCCAACGCGGCCCCUGCCCCCAUCGACACAGACCUCUCACCCGCCGAACUCGACGCCGUCUUCACCCACCAACUCACCCAGCCAAACUUCCUGCACCUCGGCCCCGAAGCCUUUAUUCAUGCUGGCAUAACCACGUCGCCCAAAACCGCUUCGGCUAUCCACAAAGCGCUGGUCAAGAAUGGUGUACUUGCACCGGAGGUUAAUACAGCGGCGAUUGGGAAGAAUUUCGCGCAUGAUUUGGCGGUGGUGACGAGUCAUGUGCAGAAGAAGGUUGUGAAUUUGUUGUUUACUUGGGAGGCGGAGGGGGAGAGGUGGGUUAGGUUGGGGAGGGAAAAGGAGGAGGCGGAAAGGGUGGCUGGGGAUGUGGAGAGUUGUGAGAAGAGGGUUGGGGAGAUUGAUGUGGAGAUGAGCUUGAAGCCUAGUUUGAGGAAGGAGGACGGAGGGCAGAGGUAG